AUAAAAAGGGCAUGUCGGGCCUUUUGUCUUCCUUCCUCAAGUCCUUCUUGUUCAUUUCCUCUUGUUUUAUAUAUAUUCUCGAGUACUUAUCAUCAUCAGCACAAAUGGCCCGCUUGACCUCUUUGCUGUUCCUUGCCGCCCUUGCCUUGACAGGCACCACCGCCAAGCCCUGUGUCAAGACCGACACGCGUUUUGUGGGUCAGAAGGCAACGCUUGUGCAGGCCGCGCAAGCCAUUCCCAACAUUACCCAACCUCUGCAAGUGAGCGGUACCGCUGAAAUCUUGGAUGGAUGCACUUUUGUUAUCCGAAACUUUGUCUACGAGCCCUACACAGACGGUACCGUUUGGUAUGGUCGUCGUGGAACUGACGGAGCCACGGGAGUAUUGGCUGCUCGCGGUGUGAACAAUGCAAGCACUGGAAUUGACAGCGCGCCCUUUACUUUUGUUGAUACUGUUGGUGCCGCCUACAGUUGGGAUGACUUUGACACACUCGUCCUGUUCAACCCUACCAUCAACUUUGAGAUGGGCUCUGCUUCGUUCACCGCUCUUCGCCUGAACGCGACUACGACUACAACAACAGCCGUUGCCACAUCCACCUCCCUUGUACCGUCCUCCACCACAUCGACGACGACGCGUUCUACAACAACGGCUCCCGCCACCAAGACAAGCACUGCUGACAGCCAAAAGAGCUCUGGCUCUGCUGUCGGUGCUGGAGGUUUGGCUGCUGCCGGAUUGGCCGCUGCUGCCGCUGUUGCCAUGGGUAUCUAAGUGCAAAAAGGGUAUCCCCUGCUCUAUGCAAUGUCGUAGAUGCAAUUAGAAUUUAGAUGAUUUUUAGUGAGCCGUUUUCAAAAAAGGAUUUGUUUGUAAUACUAUCAACAUGUUGAGAUGUGUCAGCA